GUGAGCCGAGGCUGCACCACGUGACACGCUCUGCCGACAGCUUCAUUUGCAAUCAGCCAAUGGCGUGGAGGCUCGACGAAUGCAUUGGGCUGGGCUCGCUGUAUAAAUAGGGGGCCGGCGCUCCGUGCCCAUUGUUCCUCUUGUGGAGUGUUACAAGCUCGGUGUUGCGGUAGCUGCUAGAUAAGAGCUCGAAGAUGGCAGACAAGCCGAACCUUCAAGAGAUUGACAGCUUCGACCGGUCAAAGCUGAAGAAAACCGAGACCAACGAGAAGAACACACUGCCUACGAAAGAGACGAUCGCACAAGAAAAACAGAGCUAGAAUGUGAUCCUGGACCCUCCACAUGAUUUGAUGAAAUGUGGCUCGUGCUGGAGAUUCAAAUGCACUGUGAAUGAAGACGUGACCUACCAGUCAUAUGUUGGAUCAUGGAAUGCCAAAAAAAGGGAAUUGUCUGUCUAAACUUGUCUUCCCUCUAAGUAUUUGUUGAAUGGAAUAAACACUUUGUGCAAUAAAA